GCCGAGCAAAACGCGAAAUAACUUCAUUUAAUAUUUAAAGUUAUUUCUCAAGUUUGAUCGGAAACUCAAUAUGUACGUCCUCCAAUCCUUAGCUUCCAUUAUUUCAAUCUUUACUAUUUGCCAAAAAGUUUACAUUUUCGCACAACCUAUCGGCGAUGAGCUUGUCACUUGUGAAGAUCAACUAUCCAAAUACCGCCACUUUUUACUUCAAGCCAUCCUAAGCUUUGAAGAUGUUUGCGAUGCCUAUGACACUCAUCCGCUUAACCCACUUGAAGCCUUUUAUAUGCAGGAACAACAAGAAUCAGCUAAUGCGCCUAUUCCACGCGCCCUCCAAAUUAGCAGCGCUACCGCCGCCGAACAGCGGAGUGAAAUUUGGGCUUUUUUCAAGCUGUUGAUGGCACAAUUUAACGAUGUGGAUUUCGUGAAUAUAAUAAAGGAAGCCGUUAUUGAACGUUGUCGCAUCAAAUCACAACAACAACAUGACGAGAAACGCAACUCUGUGGUGCUGGGCAAGAAGCAGCGAUUCCAUUCUUGGGGCGGCAAACGCGCUCAUCUUGGAGUUGACGCCCAAAACUUGGAUUUGAUGUAAACCUUAAGUGCUGCUGAACCACUACGCCGUGCAUAAUUAUAAUUUCUUAAUGGGCUGGAUACAUUUGUUUAUUGUACAUACAUAUACGAUAAUCGCCACACACAACGCAUGUAAACUAGUAAACUUUCGUACGUUUUCUGCAUUGCAAUUACAUUAAAGUACAAAAAGCAUAAAA